AUGGCGGAUGGGGAAGAAAGUGGUCUGGAGGAACUAGAAGAAUGUGAGCUGUGUUGGUACCCAUCUGAGGUAGACAUCCUCCAAGAGCCAAACCCAACGCCACAGCACGAGUGUGAGAGUCAACCGCAACAAGCCUCUGAAGAACCGAGCAAUGACUUCCGUGGACGCCCAUCACCGAGAAGGAGUGGACGGCUGCAAGCCUGCCAUGGGAGCCGUGCAACAAAGAGGACCUACAGCUGCAGCAAGAGUGGGAAGAACAUUGCCGGGAAGGCAGAAGUGGCCAUGCACAAGGCCCUCUACAGCUGUCCCGACUGCGGGAAGAUCUUCAGUCGGAGGUCCUUUCUCAUCCCCCACCAGCGCAUCCACACCGGUGAAAAGCCCUUCACCUGCCACGAGUGCGGGAAGGGUUUCCGAGUUGGGUCAGCUCUCAACAAGCAUCAGCGGAUCCAUACGGGUGAGAAACCUUACAGGUGCACAGAAUGCGGGAAGUGCUUCCGUCUCACCUCCACCCUCAGCACCCAUCGGAAGAUCCACACCAGGGAGAAACCCUAUGUCUGCCUCGUUUGCGGGAAGACCUUUCGGUUGAGCGCGUAUCUCCUGGCCCACGAAGCCACCCAUAGCGUGGACAACCCUUUUCGGUGUCUUGCGUGUGGGAAGAACUUCAGCUUGAGACGGUACCUGGCCAUUCAUCAGCGGAUCCAUACGGGAGAGAAGCCGUUCAAGUGCUCGGUGUGCGGGAAGGCCUUCAACCGGAGAUCGACCCUUAUUGUUCACCAGCGGGUCCACACUGGGGAGAAACCCUACAAGUGCCCUGAAUGCGGGAAGAGCUUCAUCAUGAGUUCAGACCUCGUUGCCCAUCGGAGAAUCCACACCGGGGAGAAACCCUACAACUGUCUCAACUGUGAUAAAAGCUUUCGAUUGAGCUCCCACCUUACGAGACACCAGCGAAGCCACACUGGGGAGAGACCGUACAAAUGUAUGGAUUGCGGGCAAAGCUACACAGACAGUUCUGGACUCAUCAAACACAAGAAGAUCCACGUCGGAGAGCGACCCUAUAGAUGUUCCAAGUGUGAGAAGACCUUCAGCCACAGCGCGACUCUACUGAAACACCAACGAAUCCAUACUGGGGAGAGACCCUUCAAGUGUCCCGACUGUGAGAAGUGCUACAACGAUGGCUCAACCCUUCGGAGACACCGGAAGAGCCACACCGAGGAGAAGCCCUUUAAGUGUCCCAGUUGUGGGGAAUGUUUUGGUGCCAUUGCAGCUCUCCUGAAGCAUCAGCGGUUCCACACCGAGGGGAGACCUUACAGAUGCUCCGACUGCGGGAAAAAUUUCCACUCUAAUUUUCUCCUUGUCACCCACCAACGAAUCCACACGGGAGAAAAACCCUAUACCUGUCCCAUCUGCAAAAAAACCUUCCGCCAAGCCUCCCACC